GAGCAAUUUCCCCCCUCUUCUCCUCGCUCAAGAUGGCCUUGGAAACGACGCAGGAGGUCAUUUCUGCGGAAGACCGGGCACCUUCAAUCCCUACAGAGGCCAAGAAUGCAAGAAUUCCAGCCGACGGUUCACUCAGCAAGGUUAUCGAGAAUGCUCGCGCAGCGACGGACAAGGAGCACAAGAUGACCCUUCUCGAGGGCAUCCGGCUGUAUCCUAAGGCGGUCGCCUGGAGCGUUCUCAUUUCCACCUGCAUUGUCAUGGAGGCGUACGACGUCUCUCUGAUCAGCAACUUUUACGCUUUCCCCCCGUUCAACCGCAAGUACGGGCACAAACUCGCCGAUGGGACGUAUCAAGUCUCCGCUGCGUGGCAAUCGGGACUGAGUAACGGCGCCUCAGUGGGAGAAAUCCUGGGGUUGUUCAUCAACGGCUGGGCCUCGGAACGGUUCGGCUACCGCUAUACUAUCAUGGUCUGUCUGGUCUUGAUCGCGGCGUGGACAGCCAUCUUCUUCACGGCACAGAAUGUGCAGGCGCUGCUGGCAGCUGAGAUUCUGGCAGGCAUCCCCUGGGGUGUCUUCCAGACGCUGACCAUCACGUACGCAUCCGAGGUGUGUCCCGUCGCCCUGCGCGGGUACCUGACGACUUACGUCAACUGUUGCUGGGGGAUUGGUCAGAUCAUCGGAGUCGGAGUGAUCAAGUCGAUGCUGAACAGGAACGACCAGUGGGCGUACCGGAUCCCUUACGGACUGCAGUGGAUGUGGCCGCUGCCGCUCUUCAUCGGCAUCCUGCUCGCCCCGGAGUCGCCCUGGUGGCUGGUGCGCAAGGGCCGCACUGAAGACGCCAAGCGGGCCCUUUUGCGGCUGACCAGUGUCCGGCCCGGGUCGGACUUCGACGCAGACGAGACCAUCGCGAUGAUGGUUCACACCACUGCUUUGGAGCGCCGGAUCACCAAGGGCGCCAGCUACUGGGACUGCUUCAAAGGGACCGACCUGCGCCGCACCGAGAUUGUCUGCAUGGCUUGGGCGAUGCAGAAUCUGAGCGGCAACUCCUUCUCGUCCUAUUCAACCUACUUCCUGGAGCAGGCCGGGCUGAGCACGUCCAAGUCAUACGACUUCAGCCUGGGCCAGUACGCGAUCAACAUGGCCGGCGUCUUUGGCUCCUGGUUCCUCAUGUCGCUGGGCAUCGGCCGCCGGUCUCUAUUUCUCUAUGGUCUGUGCGGCCUGUGCGCCAUGCUCUUCAUCAUGGGCUUCCUAGGCCUGGUCCCGGACUCGCACAAGGACCAGGCCGCCCUGGCGACCGGCUCGAUGAUGAUUGUCUGGGCGGUUAUCUACCAGCUGACGGUGGGCACAGUGUGCUACUCGCUUGUCGCCGAGAUCUCCACGCGCCGUCUGCAGAUCAAGACCGUCGUGCUAGGCCGCAACUUGUACAAUGUCGUCAACAUCAUUUGCAACGUGCUGACGCCCUACAUGCUGAACCCCACCGCGUGGAACUGGGGCAACUAUGCCGGUUUCUUCUGGGGUGGCGUCUGCUUCUGCGCCGUCAUCUAUACAUACUUCCGCGUUCCAGAGCCGCGUGGCCGCUCCUUUGCCGAGCUGGACCUGCUCUUCGAGCACGGCGUCCCCGCCCGCAAGUUCACCACCACCCAGGUCGACGUCUUUAGCGAGACCAUCGAGGGCACCGUCAUCGAGGAUUACCAGGCGCACAAAGCUGCCGGCACUGACGCCGACGCGGAGAAGGCCUCUCAUCUAUUCUAA